AUGGGGGGUGAAGAUGAGCUCUCUUCUUACCUCAAUCCCGAAACAACCAGGUUUCUCCUGAACGUUUCCAAAGCCAUCUCCCAAGAUCCAGGCCUGCCCCGACCAAACCCAACGAUAUCAUCAUGGCAGGUCCCAGAGCAUCCUUUGGCAGCAAUCCAAUCCCCGUCACUGCCCAAAGAAACGGACUUCGCUGUCAUCGGGUCUGGUAUCACCGGCUGCAGCGUCACGAAGACGCUCCUCGAACACCACGCAUCGCGUGACUCCCAUGUCACGAUUCUCGAAGCCCGGACACUCGUUAGCGGUGCCACGGGUCGGAAUGGCGGGCAUCUGGUAACUGCCUCGGGGCAUACUUACGGCCCCAUAGCUGCGCAGCAUGGUGUUGAGGCAGCGAAGCAAAUUACCCGCUUCUCAAUCCUCAACGUUGAGCGAAUCAUGAAGAUGGUCAGAGAUAUGGACCCGGAGAUCCAGGAGCGGUGCCAAAUUCGUGAUGUCCUCAAAGUUAUGGCUGUCGGGGACGAGGAAACGUGGGCUGCGGCCAAGAGCUCGGUGUUGGGAUUCCAAAAGGCCGUCCCAGAGCAUAGCCAAUAUCACCGUCUCAUCGAAAGAGAAGAUGUUCCAGAAAGAUGGAACAUCAAAGAUGCCAGCGGGGCUGUAGAGCACAAUGCCGGCGCCAUCUGGCCGUACCGUCUUCUCAUGGGAAUCUAUAAAGGUCUUCUGAGCCAAUACCACACGCGGCUGGCAAUUGAAGCAGAUACGCCCGUUCUGCAGGUUCAGUUCUCGCCCUCCGGCAACCCAGAAUACCCCUAUCUCAUCACGACUCCAAGGGGCAUCAUCCGCGCCAAAAAGGUCAUACACUGCACCAACGGUCACGCAUCACACCUCCUUCCACAACUAGCAGGCCGCAUAUACCCCUUCCGUGGCACAAUGUCCGUCCAAAAACCAGGCCCGGCCCUCAAGAACUUGGGGGCUUCGCGCUCGUGGAGCCUGUCUCACAAACCGACCCUGGAUGUCCGGAGCGGUCUUUACGUCACGGGCCUCUACUACCUGCAGCAGAAUCCCCUGACGGGAGGGAUCUGGAUUGGAAACGAGACGGCGUACAUGAAGGACAUCUUGACUUCUGAUGACACCUACGUUCCAAAAGAGGCAAGGGAAGCUCUGUCGACAGUGCUGCCAAAGUUCUUCCUCGAGGGGUGGGCACCUGAGACGAAGACAUCCGAGGUGGAUGCGAUUUGGUCUGGAAUACAAGGGCACACGGCCGAUGGCCUCCCGGUCGUAGGUCGGAUCCCAGACUCGAUUGCGGGAGACACCGGUGGCGGACAGUGGAUCGCUGCCGGGUUCAAUGGGUAUGGGAUGGACAAAUGCUGGCUGACGGGCGAAGCUUUGGUCAGGAUGAUGUUUGGGGAAGAUGUCAGCGAUUGGUUCCCGCAAGCGUACGUAGUCACGGAGGAGCGUUUGCAAGGGAAGUUGACGUCGGAUGAGACGUUGCUCAAGUUUGCAAAGCUCGCGAAUCCUCAGGGUGUGAAGCUGUCUAAACUCUGA